AUGGUUAAUUUUUUUAUUUGUUUUUUGAUGUGUUCAAUGUUUUUUUGUUAUAUUAAUUGCAUUGAACCUCCAGUAGAUGAAUAUAAUUGUUUCUUUGAUUUUAUUACAAAAAUAAACCUUUUUUCAUUCUAUCCAAAUACCAAUGCUACUCACUAUAAUUUUUGCACAAAUAAUAUUGUAUGUGAUGGAGUUACUGGAACAAUAAAAGAUAUUACUAUAUUAAACACCUUAACUAGUGGAUAUAAUAACCAAUCAAUAUUACCAACAGACUUAGCGUGUCUUCCUAAUUUUAAUAGAAUAUAUUUCCAAAAUCUAGUUAUAUCAAAAGAACUUGUAUUUUAUCAAUUCCCACAAAAAAUUAAUGAAGUAACAUAUGAUUAUGGAGACUAUCCUUGCAGUCCGAUUGAUCAAGAGCUACCUGGAACAUUUGCCUUUUAUUUUUAUUGUAAAACUAUUUCGGGAACAACAAUAAAAAUAUCACACAUAAUGAAACCUUCAAUUUUUUAUUUUAGAAAUAGUUUUGUACAUUUCGAAAAUGAUGUUGUUGCAACUCAUAAUAUCUCAACGAUUUCAUUUUCAGUGUUUUCAUUAAGCUUUGCAGAUUUUUCUAAUUUUAUAAGUUUGGGAAUUUUCCAAAUAACUUUCAAUCAAGAUUUUGUUAUUUCAUCAAUACAAAACUUUUCAACCAUUAAAUCAAAUUCCAUCUCAAUAGAUCACAACCAAAAUAAUUUCUAUCCAUUUUAUGUACCAAUAAAUAACUCCACUCAAUCAUUAUCAAUAGCGGCACUAUUUGAAAAACCAAAUUCAAUGAUAGAUCUUUCAAGUUAUGGUUUUAAACAUUUACUUUUAUCGAAAGUUGGAGAAAAGUUUAAUUUAAAUGGUGAGAUUCCGAUAAUUCCACCCACUAGUAGCAAUUUUUUAAUAAACUUAGGCAAUUUUAAUGUAUUUCCAAACUUAACAAAAUUUUCUGGGACUUUUAGUUCAUCUGGGUCUAACUUUUCAAUUGCUUUACCAUCACAUUCAGGUAAAAGUACAAUGGUGUCUUUAGUAAAUAAUAACUUUUUUGGAACAAUUGAUGAAUCUUGGUGCAAUGCCAAUUUGAUAGUCACCGGUAAUAAAUUAACAGGAAAAAUACCUACAUGUUUUACCUGUUAUUUUUCAGAUAUCUCAUUUUUUAAUUAUUUUUCUGGUAACCAAUUUACAAACUACAACCAAUCAAUUGGGUGUUCUGAAUUUGCACCAAGAUUUGAAUUGUUGGACAUUUCAACCAAUACUUUCCGUGUAACAGGUAUUAAUAUAGGGUUUAACCCAAGAUAUUGGUUAUUAAACUCAGUUGACUUUCUAAAUAGUUACCAAGCUAUCUCAACGGGAUAUGAAUAUGUUGUAUCGUAUAUAUUUGCAAGAAUACCUAAUCCAAAAUACUUUAAUGUUACAUUUGUUCAUCCAGCACCAUCACAAACAAUAUACUUCCCUCUUGGUGAUCAAUUACCAAAUCCAACCGGUAUUAAAAUAACAUCAAAUCAAUUAAUAAUUACAGGUGAAUUAUUUUCAAGUUAUAUGGGUUACUCAAAUCAAUCAGUCCAAUUUGAAGAAUCAUCUACUAAUUGUACAAUAAAAGAUGGUAAUUUCUUUAAUAUAACUUGUGAAUUUGUACCAUCAUCUAUUUCUACCUUAACAUACCCAACAAUCAUUAAAAUUAAAAAUGAUAAUUUAAUAAGAAGAGUAAUUGUCAAUCCAUUAAUUGGACAAUUAAAUCAAAUUCCAUGUCCCAAUAAUUGUGAUGAUCUUAUUAAUAAAAUCUGUGAUCUUUCUAAGGGUAUCUGUGUCUGGAAAAUUUGUAAAAAUGAUUGUGGAAUUUUUGGCGAAUGUAAUGAUCAAACUGGAGAGUGUGAUUGUGAUUCAAAUCAUCAAGGUCCAAACUGUUCUAUACCAUUUAUACAAUGCCCAACAGGUUCAAAUUCUUUAAUUUGUAGUAGUGUAGAUUAUAAUAUGUGUAACAAUCAAACUGGUAUUUGUACUUGCUCAACAAAUCAACAAGGUCAAAAUUGUUCAUUACCAUUUAAACAAUGUCCAGUUGGUUUGGAUUCCUUAAUAUGCAGUGGAGGUAAUAGCAAUUGUAAUAAUCAAACAGGAGUUUGUUAUUGUGAUUCAAAUCAUCAAGGUUCAACUUGUUCAAAACCAUUUAAACAAUGUCCAACGGGUCUAAAUUCUUUAAUUUGUAGUAGUGUAGAUAAUAAUAUGUGUAAUAAUCAAACUGGUGUUUGUACAUGUUCUCCUAGUCAACAAGGUCAAGAUUGCUCAUUACCAUUUAAGCAAUGCCCAGUUGGUUUGGAUUCCUUAAUAUGCAGUGGAGGUAAUAACAAUUGUAAAAAUCAAACAGGUAUUUGUUAUUGUGAUUCAAAUCAUCAAGACUCUGAUUGCUCAUUACCAUUUAAACAAUGUCCAGUUGGUUUGGAUUCUUUAAUUUGUAGUGGGGGUGAUAACAACUGUAAUAAUCAAACUGGUGUUUGUACAUGUUCUCCAAAUCAUCAAGACUCUGAUUGCUCAUUACCAUUUAAACAAUGUCCAGUUGGUUUAGAUUCUUUAAUUUGUAGUGGGGGUAAUAACAAUUGUAAUAAUCAAACUGGAAUUUGUUAUUGUGAUAGUAAAUUUACAAAUGAUAACUGCUCAAAACCAAAUCAAUAUAUAUCAUCUGUUUCACCAUCGACCACAAAUGGAGGUGAAGCAUCAUUUUUUGGUUGGUUUGGAGAUAUUCAUUCAAAUCCAUCAUUAUUAAUUGGAGCUCAACAAUGUCAACCAAUUACAUAUAAUUCUUCAAUCGAAAUUAGAUGUAUUGCACCACCAGGUAAUGGAGUAUAUGAUAUUACUUUUAAUCAAAAUGAUAUCAUGUAUCAAUUAAGAAAUGGUUACAGCUAUCUUGAAAUUUUUAGAAAUUGCCCAAACAAUUGUACAAAUUCAAAUCAAGGAAAUUGCAAUACUUCAAAUGGAGAAUGUAAUUGUAUAAACAAUUAUUACUCAUUCGAUUGUAGUUUAAAAAGAAAUAAUAAUACAGGUGGUAACAAUGGUGGUAAUCCAUCAAUCGAUCCAUCAACAGGUGGAACUAAUAUUACUGAUAAUCAAGUAAAUUUCCAAAUUUAUUUUAAAAAUUUAUUUGAAAUCGAUUUCAACGGUAAUAUUGUAAAUCAAUAUUCAUUACAAAGUAAUUGGACUCUCAAUAAAACUAAAGAUUCACAAGAAAAUAAUAUUUAUAAAUUGACUCAAAUCAUUCAACAAUCAUGUGAAAUUGUAACAUUGAUCGAAGAAAUCUCAACAUAUAAACAAUAUUCAUUUGCAGGCUCAACAUUCACAUUAGAUGCUGGUUCAAUUAAAUUAACAAUUUCAAUAUCAAAUUAUAUUUAUAAAAGCAGUUUAAAUACAUUACAACUUCAAUUAAUAUCAUCAGUAGAUAACGAAAAUGAAGAAUCAGAUUGUAAUAUUAAACAAGUUUCAACAAAUGAAACCAAUACAUCCUCAUUUAAAUAUAUUAAAAUUUCAAAAGAUAAUAGAGUCCUUCAAGGUAGAUUCAUUAAUCAAAUACUAUCAGAUGGAAGACCAACAUAUUUGUCAACUGAUAUUAAAAGUGAUGGUAAUUCAGUAAUUGCAACAUUAAAUCUACCACAUUUUGUAAAUCAAUCAAUUAUCGAUCCAGACUUUUCAGUUUUACUCGAAACUGAUUUUAAAUCAGAAUGUGACAAUAAAAACUCUCGUAAAUGGUUAAUACCAGUUGCUGUGACAGUCCCAAUCGUUGGUCUUUGUUGUAUUGGAGUGAUUAUUAAGUUUAAAAAAUUAAUUUUUUUUAUAAUAAUAAUUUGGUCACUAAAUGAAAUUUCCAAACCUACCUGA